CAAUUACGCGGAGCAUUAAUUCCAUAUUGCACACAUCAUCAAGUCAGUUUUUGCUCAAAAUAUUGCCAACAGCAUCCCUUGUCUGCUGCAUUUUCUACUCUACACCAGAAUCAACAGCUUCAAGUAUGCAUCCAAAUGUUGAAGAGAGUAUCGCGGACGGCUUGAAGCCGCACCAUCACUGCAGGUUCUCCACGCUAUGGAACGGGUACAUAAUUGACUCCUGCUUCUUUAUGAAGUCAUGGCACAUCCACUCCAUAGGUGCCUUCGUGGGCUUCUGCGUGGGCGUGACCGUCGUCGCCAUCUUUUACGAGUUGGCACAGUUAUUAUGCAGACUGUACGACCGCCGUCUCAGACACGAAGCCAGGGUCAAAGAGAGGGCAGAGGGCAUUGAAAUGGCGAACCUACCCGGUGCAGCCAACGUGAACAACAAUGACAACAAUAACAACAAUAACCAGGCAAGCCCGUUUCUAAAAGAUGUGUUCCGGCCGACUGUCGUCCAACAAUGCAUCCGUGUGCUCCUGUACUCGCACCAAAUUACCUUGGAGUAUUGUCUCAUACUGCUCGCGAUGUAUUAUAAUGUCUAUGUAACCACCGCCAUCAUCCACGGCAGGAUGAUCGGAUUUUACAUCUUUCGAUCAGAGCGAGCAGAAUAUAACAUUCUCCGCAUCCUAAUGUGGCUGUUCGGAGAGACGUACCUGGGUUCGUGCCUCGACUGGUACCCGAGUAGCCCCGAGCUGUUAGCUGACCAGUCUUGAUGCAGAUAUAUCUGUGGCAAGAACUGCGGCGAUAUAUCGCCAAGGGGUCCGUAUCAUCAAAGAAAGUCUUGAAAAGAUUGUUGUGUAUGCAGGCCAUUAUUUACCACCAGCCGCCGCGACCCCCGAGGCAGCACUCUGAGUCAGAAUCAGCAUGAAGACUUCGGGAUUCCAUACGCCCUGGUGCGCCCUUAAGUUUUGCGCCUGUAAUAAAGGGUUAGAGAAAGAUCCAGCUUGUAUUCAGUUGGUGCAUAUCAACAGGUUGUGAGUUUGGACAGAUUCGGAUUCUGGGAUGUUUCCGAGGUUACUGAAUUGUGGUAUGGGGAAGCUUAUUAGGAAUGAUUGACUUGUAGCCCUAGCUUUACUAGACAGGCUUUAGAAAGAGCAGAUCCACAAGUACGAAUGUUAAAAUACUUAACUCAUUGCAAUCCUACCGUAUGUGUUACCAAAUUAUUCAACGUGCACCUGAGCACAGCGUA